GCGCUACAACCCAGCUUUGUGCGCGAGGCUCGGCCCCUCCAGGGGGAAACGGAGAGAUGCGUCCCUCUCUCACAGCAGACUCUGUCCUCUUCCUCACACGGCCAGCCGACACUUUGACUCGAUUUAGGACAGAAUCCGGAUCUAAUCCGUCGGUUAAAUCUGUCCAAAGCGCGAUCUGUGCGUCAGGAUGCGGCCGUGAUCAGCGCAGCGUCUCCUCCUCUGGAUCCAUCAGCCGGCACCGUCAGCUGUUGCUUUGGCGCAAAGAGCGGCGGCAGCGGGCAUGCUGCUCACACGGUAACCGGUCCACACCGAGCUGACUGCGGAGCGGAUGCGAGCAGAGGACGGGAGAUAAUUUUACAGCCUUAGUCGGUGCCGGAGGAGCUGUGCCAAUGGAGAGGACGACUCCACCGGCCCAGCCCCAGCCCCAAACGCAAACCCACACACAGACACAGCUGUCCAUAGCCAAGACCGAAAGUCCAGCCGAGGACAUCUCCGGUCUGACGGACGAGGAGCUGCUGAAGUGGACUAAGGAGGAUCUGGUACGGCGGCUGAGGCGGUCUGAGGCCGACAAGAUGAGCGUGAUUCUGGACCACGGCAAUCUCAUCCGAGAGGUCAACAGAAGCCUCCAGCUGCACCUGAACGAGAUCAGGGGGCUGAAGGACAUCAACCAGAAGCUCCAGGAGGACAACCGCGAGCUGCGGGACCUGUGCUGCUUCCUGGAUGAUGACCGCCAGAAAGGAAAGCGUGUGUCCAGGGAGUGGCAGCGUCUGGGCCGUUACAGUGCCAGCAUCAUGCAGAAAGAGGUGAUGCUCUAUCUCCAGAAACUCAAGGAGCUGGAGGUCCGGCAGGACGAGGUUAUCCAAGAAAACAUGGAGUUGAAGGAGCUCUGCUUGCUACUGGAUGAGGAUAAGGGAGUGGUAGGCGGAAGCAGUGGGAGUGGUGGAGGAGUCGGGACUGGAGGGUGCCGCAGUUCCAUAGACAGCCAAAACAGUUUGCUGCUGGUGCCUGGGCAGGGACUCCUCAUGAGAGAUGUAGGUGAUGGGAGCAGUACCUCCAGCGUCGGGAGCGCUGACAGCUCUGAUCACCCUCACCUUAAGCAACCUCAUCUGUCUGCUGGAGUGGGUGGAGUUACUGGUGUUGGAAACAAAGGAAGUCCUGAGCUGAUCCGUAAACCCAGGUGUAGCAGCAUCAGUGGAAUCGGAGGUGAUAGGGAAGUAUCCAGCCCUGAGCACCCGGCUGGACGCCACCGUAGUACCAGCCUUGAGUACCCAUAUACUCUGCCUCAGCUCUGCCGCCCCCGCUGUGGCUCCAUAUCUGUGCCCGAUCACAGUCACGUCAUGCGGGGCCUGAGCCCUGAAAAGUAUGGGAGGAACGUAGGCCGAUGUAGUCCAGAACAGCACCCUAAACAUCACAGCUCUGACCUGAUCCUUGGCCAGAAGCAGCAGCACUUCCUGAGUCAGGGAGGCAGUGGAGAGCUCCAUCAGAGGCAUCACAGGAGUAGCAUUAGCAGCAUGGGCUGUGGCAGCCCCGAACUUCGCCAAACACAUUUAGGGACCACUGAACACCACGACAAGGGCUGCGUGUUCCAGGGGGGCAGCCCAGAAACCCAUAGGCACCAGUAUGGCAUGAGUGCUGACCAUGUGAAAUUUGGCAGUCCUGUGAGAGAGGGGCAGAGGAGGCCAGCAGGAGACGAGCUGUCGCCACAUCAUCGCAGCAUCUACAAUGGCAUGAACGCUUUGAUAUCAGCUGGUUGCUGCAACCAACAACUGGAGAAAUGUGAAGCUAUGGGACAGCUUUGAUGCCUCCUCUUGACCCUCGCACGGCCAACUAGACUCCUCAAAGAAAAGGGAGUGGAGCUUGGGGGGGGCACACUGCUGCAGUCCUCCUGAGGCUCUGGUCUUGGUAAUCUUGAAGCUUCUGGACAUCAGCCUCCACAGCCACAGAUGGUUUUCCGGGGCCUCGUCCACGUCGGAGGGCCUGGUGGAGCGCACAUCCAUCGUUAUAGUUUUACAUAAA